GGGAAAGUAGUCGUUGACCUGUCGCUGAGUCUGACACCACUCACAGCAGAGAGUGAGGAGGUUGUAGGUGGUCCCAUCUCCCUCCAGUUCACACAGCAACACCUCAUCGGGAGUCACACAAUGUCACCGGCUGAACUGAGGGUUGUGCUGCUGAUCCUGGGUUUUCUGGUCACAGACUCCACACUCGGUGAUCCGUGUGUAACCCACACCGUCCUGGAUCAGCCCUGGAGGAGCACGAAAUGUUCCAACACUGAGUGUACCGGUGGACAAUUGAUGGGUGAUGGAAAUCUUGAAAUGGGAUGGUACAGAUUUAACAGUUCCGGAGGAUGGAAGAUUCCUGAGUCGGUCAUUCCACAUUCUCGCUGCUCCGGGGAGCACUCAGGCUGGUUAAACGGUCCCCAUCCCAACGUGGGAGCGGGAGAGGUGACCAGGACCGUCUGCUUCACCGGGCCUCAAUACACCUGUUACUGGAGACGGGAGAUCAAGGUGAAAAACUGCUCCGGUUACUUUGUGUAUUGGCUGUGGAACGCACCCUCAAGCAAUGCUGUGUACUGUACAGAACCUAUGUCGGACACAAGUCGGGAACGCCAGGGAUUGGUAACUGGAGAGCCUGGUCCAGGGUUGACCACCAGCCCAGCAGGGUCUGUGAGCUCAGGUACAGAUUCCCAGUCAGACACAACUUGGGAAGCCCAGGAAACAAUGACAGGAGAGCCUGGUCUGGGUUUGACCACCAGCCCAGCAGGAUCUCUGAGCUCAGACUUGGAGGCUUCCACACUGGAACAGUCUACAGGAUUGUCUACUGGAGAGCACACCCAGGAACUGUCCUCUGUCCCAGCGGGAGACACAUCCUCAGACCUGGAGGUUUCCACAAUGGAUCAGCCCGAUGGAUCAUCUACAGGACAACCCACCCCAUCACCAUCCUCUGUUUCAAUGGGAGAGACAUCUUCAGACCUGGAGGUUUCCACAAUGGAUCAGCGCGAUGAAUCAUCUACAGGACAACCCACCCCAUCACCAUCCUCUGUCUCAGUGGGAGAGACAUCCUCAGGACUACAGCGUGGACAUUGCGGCUCUCCAGGAGUCCCGACUCGCUUUGUGAAGAGAAAGGAGGAUACACAUUCUUCUGGUGUGGCAGGCCCGAAGAAGAACGAAGAGAACCUGGUGUGCGCUUGGCUAUCAAGAACUGCCUCGCAGCAAAGCUACCAACCCUGCCUGUUGCUGUAA